AUGUCGAAACCCACGAAGCCCACAGGUCCCAAUAAGGUGCCGCGGAGAGACCCGCUGGCAUCCUUGAAGAUGGCGGAUAUGAUCAUCUCGAAACCCAUCCUUCCAGCAGAGGUGCUGGCUACUAUGGUCGACUACCUGGCGGUGCCCGAUCUCCUUCGGUUUGCACGUGUCUCUCGCCGCAUGCACGAGAUGGUGUACGACGAUGCAAGAUGGGUUAAGAGACUGAGAAUCAUGGGCUGCUGGAAUGAUGGUGAAGCCAGACGCAGAGUCGAGCCACCGAAGACACCCAACACCCCGGGUCGAAGAAAGAGUACGGUAGACUGCAAUCUGAUCAACGGCAAAGGCAGACCGGAGGUUCUGUUUGAUGUGGAUGCAGCUCCGGUCUAUCCGACGCGCCAACCGAGCUUGCUCUCACCAUCGAAGCCUCGACUUACGGUGCCAGACGGCUUCGAUGUUGCUGAAACAUCAAGUUCACGGGCCAUAUCUGCCUCAGAAUUGCCUAUUGAUCAUGAUGCGCCCUUGUCAGUGUUCUCCCGCGUCAGAUCUAUCCGAGGACAAGCCAGACAGGAAUAUGGCAAAAUCUAUAGACUUCUGGCGCCGUUCUAUCUGGAUUUGCUCUCGACAUCUAACCCCAUGGAGUGCCGCAUAUUCAGAGACUUCAACAUUCCCGAUCAACAAGUCCGGCUUCUAGUCAACGUGCGAAUCUUCUCUGCAAGCGACUUCUCCCCGGGAUCAGGGAGGAGAGAACAGCACAUCGCGGAGGCUGUUGCGAAAUACGAUACUCAAGCUCUGUUAGAAUUUCGAAAGGGGUACGAGUUCAAGGAUAUCCAAGGCAGGAUGCGACAGUACGCACGGGUCAUGCACACCCUCAAUGGCGGUAAGAGUGGUAUAGACCUCUUUCUACACGACAACAAGAUCAUAAACCAAAAAGCGGAACUCGGUUCAGUCUCCGACUGCAUCGACUACUCUCUGGGCUAUGGUCAGUUAUCGCUCGAACGAGUCCAAGCAUACUUCGAAAGGUUGGGAAAUGCUCUCAAGGAAGAGAAUGGGAUCGUCCAGGCUGUCUUUCCCAAUGCGAAUGAAGUAUCGCUAUUACUACUUGAAGAAGUCGCUAAGGAGAUUCUGGGACCAUUUCUAUCUGAGCUGUUCGAAGAAGCUCGAGCUCGCGGGACAUCGAUCUAUUUACGGAUCAUCUCGGGGACAUUUCAGGCCACCAAACAAUUCAUCGAGGGUGCUGUUCUCUCCGACGACACGGACGAGGCCACCAUCACCCGCUGCAAUGCAAUCGGAGCUCAGAUCUUUGCACCUCAUCUUGAGACAUAUCUUGAGGAAGAAAUGGCCUUCUUUCGGCAGAAGGCAGACUCGGAGAUCGAGCAUUGGGAUCGAGCAUUAUCCGAGCAAGCAGCAUCAACAGAAAGCUUCCUCAUGUCCAACAUCAAUCGGCAAGCCGACAAGAAGGACUUUAUGUCAUCAUUCAAGCAGGUGUUGAUGAUGCCGGUCAAUAUCCUCCCGAGCUUCAGCGGGUCUCAGACUGCUAAAACGCCCGUCAAGAAGCUCAAUGCCGAAGCAUCUAGCUUGUCCAGGCCAUCCACCCCGACUCCAGGCGGUGGUCCAAGAGCUGCGACCCCUAACCUCCCUCAAGAAGCACCAACAGAUGAACUUGCUGCAAAGGCGGCUCUGAUGAACACAAAGCUCGAGAACAUCAAGUCUCUGUUCUCCAUUGAGAUCGCCCUCAACCUCGUCCAUGCCGCCAAGUCCUCCCUCGACCGUGCUUCCCAAUUCAUCGCGCUUCCAGACGAAGCAGGCGAAUCCGCACGAACGCAAUGCGCGGCCAUCUUCAAUAUUCUGGUCCAGACUGUAGGCAUCCGCCACGUCAAAACCGGCUUCGACAAAGCCAUUGAUCACCUCUCUCAUUAUUCGCCUCGCGAGGCCACCGGCGACACCACAACAACACCCGCACCCGUCCAGGUUGCUCCACUGGCCACCUUCCUCGAGCUAGUCAACGUCGGUGACUUGAUCCAACAGAUGCUUGACGUCUUCUACGAGUCGGAGCUCGUCCGACUACGCAUCUCCAACCGCGACGACUUCCUCGACGUCAAUGUAAAGGAGAAGCGCAAGUUCGAGGCAAUGCUCGACGAACGCGUCGCUGCAGGACUGGGCAAGGGCAUCGACGUCCUCAUGGACGAGGUGGAAUAUAUUUGCGCCACCACCCAACUCCCCACGGACUUCUACCCCGAACUCGCCCUGCAGGACGACCACACGACCACUACAACCCACCACCACGCCAGUAAUACCAUGAGCUCAAUCUUAAAUGGCCCCACGCCCACGGCCCAACGCGUUAUCAAACUGGUCGGCCACCACACGAGCAUGCUCACGGGCGCGACGGAGAAGAGCCUGCUCGAUGUCUUCAUCACCGAGGUCGGCCUCCGCCUCUUCACCACGCUGACCAAACAUAUCAAACGCCAGCGGAUCUCGUGCGCGGGGUCGCUCAAUCUCCUCUCGGACCUGACGGCGUAUGCCCAGUUCAUCUCGACGUUCAAAAACCCGGACCUGUCCAGCUAUUUCACGGCGUUGCGGUCGCUCGCACAGAUCUACUUGAUUGAGGGGACGAGUGAUCGCGACGUGCGCGAGAUGAGUACCAUCAUCGCGGACCAGGAUCGGUACAAGGGUGUUUUCACCGUCGAAGAGGUGGUCGAGUUCGCGGAACGGAGGAGCGACUGGUUGCUGUUGAGGGCGCGAGUGGAGGGGAAGGUCAAGGGCGAUGGAUGCGUGGUCAUGUAG